UGAUAUUGUUGGGCGUGGCAAACUGGACUUUAACAACAGCUGUAUAAAAAGAUCUUUAUCCACCUGUUCGUUGUGGGGGCACAAAAUUUCAUAUACCUCUCGAUAGUAGGCCGGAACGGACCCUUCAAAUAAAGCAGAAUACAUGUAGAAUGUAUCAACUGUAAUAGUUUUACAAACUUUAAUGAAUUCUAAGGAAUGAGAGUCAUGUCGCGUGACUUCGUGCAAUUUAUAUCGUAAACAAAUUAGCAAGCUUACCGAGAGUCAGAUCCGCCGACAUUUUGAAAUGAUCAUGUGACCAAGGAACUUAGUCAACUCGUACCUUGACCAAAUCGGACCCAGACGUGCAUUUUAAGAUUAGAUAUUUUUUUUCUUUAAACCAUUUAUUUUUUAUAGAUGAUAGAUUUAGAAAUAAGUAUAGAAAAAUCUUCAUAAGUAGUUGUAUAAUGAAAAUAUCACAAAGCCCAUUGAAUAGUUUCUUUACUUCUAUAGGAGGAAAAAAUUAAAAAAAAAAAAAGAUUAAUAUUUUUCUUUAAUUAAAGUAAAUCGUACAAUGGCUGAUUAGUUACGAAUUUUAUUUACAAUACAGUAUAUCAAUACUCAAACAAUUUUUACAAUGUAUUAGAAUUACAAUGCUACAAUAUUGCUACACAUAGUUUUUUUCCUCAACUUGAUCCAAUAUGUAGUAGCAUUACAUUUGCGAAAAAAGUUCAUUAGUAUUUUUUUUUUAUCUCUCUGUGUCAUCAUUUUGGGAAGUUCUUUUUUUUUUAAAAGUUCCUUUUGAGUCUGUUGGGGUAAUUCGCUGUACCAGGAAUUUCCGUUGAUUAGUCGAACCAUUGACUUCCAUGACACUGUUUACAAAUGGUGUCAACAACGGACAUAUAGUUGUGAUGGGAAUGACGCCGCUAAAAGAUCAAACAGAAUUAUAGAACAUUUGCAUAUAUAUUUUUAUAUACAUAUUACUAGCUAUAUAUAAGUCGAAAUUAAAUCAGAAGCAUGCAUUUUACGUGCACCUGAGAAUUUAAUUUUGAUGUCAAGUUUGGACACGAGAUCUAUGCACGUUUACUAUGCCGAGAAAGCUUUUGAAAUACAAUUCAGAUGACUAUGAGUCAGAUCCAGACCUGCACACAGUAACAACACUUGUAUCAAGAAACACUGCACCUGUUAAAUCUAAAAAGAAGGAAGGUAAAAAUAAAAAGAAAAAAGAGAAAAACAAGAAAACUAACAAAGUUACUCCACGCAACAGAGCCCACAGUGCUCCUCCUGCAAGGAGUGGUCGGACAGGUCAUGACCUUUGGAUGACAGCUGUCAAAAACAGGGAAACAUCAUCGUUAAUUAUCCGACAUCCUGAGAGUCCGCGUCACAAAAGCACUACAGAAUAUUGGGUUGAUACACUGAGAAAGACUGGCACAGGAAUCACAACACAGAGUACAGGCAGUGUGGGAACUAUAAACACCUUUACAGGAUUACACCGCCCCAAUGAGGCAGUGAUGGCUUACCUCAGUACAUCAUCAUAUCUAAGACAAAAGAUGGGAACAGAAAAAGCCAACAAAAAGUACAAUGAUCCUACAGCAAAACCUCCGACGGGAACCCCAGCAUAUCGAUCCCAAGAGGAAUAUUAUGAGCAGGUGCUAGAACUGAAAAAACAAAUGAAAUCCUUAAAUCAAGAAAUUUCAAUGCUCAAAGCCAAAGUUCGAAGAACAGAAGAAGACAACAUUAAAAAGGAAAAAGAAAUUGAAGGUUUGUUAGAUCCUACCAAAAGUGAGGAGAUGCGACGAACCAUGGGUGAAAAGCGACCAGAGUCCGGGGCCGUGAUUCAGAGUUUGAAACAAAAGAUUCUGAAGCUAGAGAACCAGAUUAGGGACAAAGAAUCCACAUAUGCAAAAUUGCAUGCAGAGUUAAAAACCACAAAAGUAGAGGAAAUGAAGGCACAGCUGGAAAUGUGCUUCCAAGAGAUAGUCCGGUUACAGAAUCUUAAAGACACUGGAAUGAUGGCCACAUCUCGGACCCCUACAAAGGAGAGCAGUGCCAAAAUCCGAGCACUGAAUGAAACCGUCCUUAGAAUUAAUAAACAGAAUGAAGAGUUACAGAUGGAAAACAAGGCCCUCAGGGAGGACCUGAAUAGGGAGAUAGAGGGGAGGGAUAGAAAAGUCUCAGGAGAUUUUGAAGACAUGAAUAAAAAACAACUGCUGACUGUCAUCUACAAUUUGGAAAAGAAAAUAGAGAAGAUGAAAAAGAUGGGAGACACAGAUUCCUUACUGUCAUACGACGGUAAACCAGAGAAAAAACGCAGGCCUAGUUCGGCUGUCACUAAUAAUAAGGUUGAACUUGUGGGGUCUGUGCAGGACAGACUUGACCAGCUAGACAAACGAGAAACAGAGCUACUAGAAGAAGUAGAGAAAUCUAAAAAGCAGGUCAAAAGACUGAAGGAGGAAAAAACCGAGAGCAGACACAAAAUGGAGGAAUAUGAAAAACUAAUAAAGGACCUGCAGUCGGAGAUUGAUUACCUGAAUGAUAGGCAGGGUAAGGGCACACCCCGCCGAGGAGUCACCCCCCGCGCUGUCACCCCCAGACAGCAGUCUCCCAGAAAUAGCCGACCUCCUAGUGGACGGAAGUACUCUGUAGACAGCACCUCUUCUGAAGAAAGACGGCGGCGAAGGAGGGAGCAGGAGGAAGAAGAGAAGGUUGAAAACUUUGUGAAGAAUCGAGCUGCAAAGAAACUACAGAAAGAGUGGAAGACCCAUCGGCAGGGGAAAAGGGAACAAGAGGAGUUAAAUGAAUUAGCCAAUAGGCAUCGAGAAACAGUAGCUGCUCGUAAAAUUCAGCGAGAAUGGCGGACACAUCCCAGGGAAACUGAUGUCAAAAAUCAAAAAGAGUUAGAAAGUAAGGUACCAGUAGAUCAAAUGAAACAAAGUCAUGCAGCCAUAGUUAUUCAGAAGCAGUGGAGAAAACGCAGAAAUGAUCCAGAAAAACAGAAAGAGAUGAAUGAGGAUUUCAAUAGAAAAGUGGAAAAUUUCCGAAAGAAUCAUGCAGCUAAAACCAUCCAGAAUAGGUGGACGGAUUACAAGUAUCGGAGGCAUGAGGAGGACCUGGACGAGGCAGCAUACAUGAUUGGGUCUGCAUUACGGGGGCACACCACACGAAAAAGUCAAAUGAAGAGGUUUAUGAGAGAUUAUGAUGAUUAUGAUGAUGAUGAUAGCGAAGACUACUCUACUGCUGUUGAUCUGAUACAAUCCAGUGUCAAAGGUCAUUACAACAGGAAAACGAAACUAAAAGCAUAUAGGGAUGAAGACGACGAUGUCUCAGUGAGGAACACAUUGUCCGGCUCUAGGCGGUCCAGGCCUUCUUCAGCAAUGUCCAGUCAUUCCAGGGCAAGCCAUGGCUCCAGAAGAACUUCUGGAAUUGUUGAGCGUCCAAGCAGCAGACACAGCCAAAGGGCCAACGAAUCUUACGAUGACGAUGACGACAUUCAGUUCUGAUGACGAGACGGCCAGACUUUCUAUGUUUAUGGACAAUGUGAUGUAGACUCCCCACAGUCAUUUUUUUUUUCAGUGAAAAAAAGGUUGUUAUAGUAGUUUAAGAUCAUAUUUAUACGGCUCAAUUCUUCUUUUAAGUCCGCAAUGCUGUGAUAAAUCCCAUAUCAUGUUAUCAAUACUAGUAUCUAGUUGCAAUAAUGAUGUUCAAAUUAAUGGAUAUAUUUAUAUGGAUUGUAUUGUGCAACUUAUAGUAUGAUUGUACAAUAUAUAUAUAUGCAUUUAUAAUUGUAUGCAUUCGCUUUUCCAGUAGAAGCUUUAUGGAGAAAAAAUCUUUUUUGAAUGAAAAUUUUAUACAUAGUGCUAUGUAUUUAGAAAAAAUGUCUUGUAUUUUGCAUAUGUGUAGAAAGAUUAUUUUUAUUAGAUAAGAUUUCCAUUUACAAAGUAUAGGCAUCUGUUCAUCAGGGUAUAUUAUAAGGGAACUGUUUUAGUGAUCUAAUAGCCUAACAAGAAUGAAAUAGAUUUCAUUGGUUGAAUUUAUGUUUCUCAACUUUGCUUUGUAAUGAAAAUGUAGACCAGCUAUUUUAAAGUAGGAUUGUAAUUUUUAGAUUCAUUUAUCAUCUUGAAAUGUUUGAACUCCCUCAGCUUAACAAAAGUGAAAGUACAUUGUAUGUACAUCUCUUUUAAAAGAUCUGUUUAAUAGUGAAAUGCAAGCUUAAGGGGUUUGUCCUUGAAGUCUGGACAAGUGCUGUUGUAAAUGACCCUGACAUACAUUUGUAAUAUUCAUACCAUGAUUGGAACCAACAAUAACCAGUUUAAAUAUUGAAAAAUAGUGGGAAAUUAAAAAGAAACUUCCUUGAUUUAUUUCAGAUAUUGUCUAUCAAAUAUAGCAAGGCAGAGCAUUAUAAACUAUUUCAAGCAUCAUGAUAUGUUUGACACAUGGAACUUAGCUUUAAAAAGUAUUAUUUUCAAAAUUUUAUUUGGAAAGAGUAAUCAUUAUAAAAGAUAAAACACUUCAAUGUAUUUGUGCCAAUUUUGAAAUUUAUCAUGGUAUCAUUAAAAAGUUAAUGUUUGUUUUCAAAUACAUUGUAAGUUAAAAUUUUAUUAAUAAAUAUUUGAAAAUGAAGGGAUUUAAAAAAAAAUUGGUAAAUGUGGAGCAAAAAACUUAUUAAUCUAUUAUGAUGAUUUCUGUAAUGUAAUUAAAUUCAGAUAUGAACAAUUUAAAUCAGUUAAAAAUGAAUAUCACUCAUAUAAAUAUUCGUAUCGUGUACAUGUAAAUGCAAAACCAGUUUCCUGUGCAUUGGUGGAGAUAACCAUAAAUAGCAUGUUGGUUACAUAUAGAAAUUCAUUAUGAAAUCAUCUGGAGGGGACAUAACGUUCCAUUCUCUUACCUCUAGAUGCAUCAUAUGAUUGUUUAUCCAAGUUUAAUAAUUGAAAAUACAUUUUAUAGAUCUUCAUGCAUUUAAUCAAUUACACCAUUUCUAUAUACAUGUAUUAAAUUUUCAUUUCAUGUUGGAUGAUCUGCAACCAAUAUCAUAUUCUCGCCAAUAUAGUUUGCAGUGCCAUUUUUUUAAAAAGAUGAUGUCUCGGAUUUCCCCCGAGUACCAUGAUAAUGUUACUGUUAAUUGUUAUUAUUUUAAAAAAAAUUCAAGUUAUCAAUCAGAAAGUUAUGUUUUAGACAAUUUGUAAAUGAUCUACUGAAUACAUAUGCUGUACACACAAUGAUUUUAGUCAAGGCUUGUUAAAUAUUUUGAUAGAUAUGAGGCCUACUGUCCAUGCAUUUUAUGGACACCUUCAUACAACGUAUUGGAGGCAGCAUUUGAUUAAACAGAUCUGACAAUUAUGUGGUAGUACAUAAUGUACAUUGUGUAUGCCAUUUCAUGUGUUAAACACAACUGUGAAGUUGUAAUACAAAUGUGCUCUAGAGCUGGAAUUACGUAUAUCAAGGAUCUGUUUUACAUACUGAUGAAAGUAUAGCUCCAGAGUUUGUUUAUGUAAGUUUCUUUUUGAUAAACAAACAACACACAUUGUUUUUGUGUUAGCUGGAGCACAAACACUGUGGAACACAAGCGAUGACAUGGCUGUCCAGCGAGUGUUUCUGUAAGAUGUGCAAGAUCUACUUAAUUCACUGCCUCAUACUGACAAUAAUUAUUAUGUGGAGAUAUAUCAUGUUAGUGUUUUCUCUCUUGGUUAAAGGGCUGAACUAAAAUGUUUUUAAUCAAAUUUGUAAGCAUUUGAAUUUUUUUCUAGCUAAUUGUAGAUUUAUUAUGUACAGCUUGUAAAAAAGAAAUGUAGGCUAAAGUGAACAGGAAUAUUAAUUUUUUUUCCACAAUGUAUUUUAUAACCCAUUCAAUACUUUUAUUCUAUUUCACGUGCAGUAUAACAUGGAGCAUGUCCCUGUAUAUAUCCAAGAUUUUCAGAUCUUACUUUCACAACAGUCAUUAGCCAUAAAAUUCUGAGACAUCAGUGUAAAUUUUGUUUAAUGACACUUAACUAUAUUAUUAUGUACGGAUACGCAUCAUUUCAGGUUCAGUUUAUGCUUCCUGUGUUGUGUCUUGUCUUGCAGUAAUUGGGCUUCAAGAGAGAUUUUUUGAAGUUUCCUGUGAUAUUGAUGUAAUAGAUCUCUCAAGUGUUAUUUGUUAUUCCACAAUUUUCCCAUUUGUUUUUGAAAAACAUUUUGUUUUUACAAUUUUGUAUACCAUGUACAUAUAGAUUAUUAAUUUAUGUUUUCUGUGUUUCUAUAUGUAACCCUUUUUAACUGUUAGGAAAUAAACUUGUCACAGGUGUU